CUCCAAUCGUCCUGAGCAGAACACUUCACAAGCACUGUCGGUCACUCCAGUUCGCUGUCAAACUGCGUCCUGGCACAGCUGGCCGGUGUUAACAUUAGCUAGACAGAGACUAUUCGUCUUGAAUAUGAAAGACUUUAAUAUUCAUUGAACUGAGCUUGCAAAAGCAAUAUUAUAUAUGAAUAUAAAACUCGACGGGGAGGUUAACAAUAGCUAGUUGGGGGCGUUUGCGGACACGUAGGCUACGUAUCUAGCUAGCUGACGUUAGCUAGCUAAGGCAAUAAUGUCAAUGAUAUGAAACGUAGCUACCUAGCUAUUUAAUUCUAACUGUCUGCGCGCAAUAGCAAACGUUAUUAUAACAGCUUUUGUUGAAACACUGUCAGCUAGUUCAGGGCAGCGAGCUUCUCUCAAAUUGGUGCAAAAAACUGUUUCCCACGGCGUCUUCCAGGCUACAUUGUUUCAAGAACAAGAACUUUACGGAGUUAGACUUUGCUUCGCCAGUGACUGACUACAACCCGCAACAAUGGGAUUACACGCGCUGGAAUUCAGCGAAUGCUACCUGGAUAGUCCUUCUUUCAGAGAAAGAAUAAAAGCCCACGAAGCGGAGCUGGACAAAACUAACAGAUUUAUAAAAGAACUCUACAAGGAUGGCAAGAGUCUUAUCAGUGCUAUUAAACAAAUGGCCUUGGCACAGCGCAAGUUUGCCAAUUCCCUGGCCGACUUUCAUUUCGAGUACAUCGGCGAUGCCAAGACCGAUGAUGAGAGAUGCAUUGAUGAGUCGUUGCAGGAAUUUGCCUCUUUCCUGAAGAACCUUGAGGACCAGAGGGAGCUGAUGAUGAAGAACAUCACCGAGACACUGAUGAAACCUCUGGAGAAGUUCCGUAAGGAGCAGCUUGGCUCUGCAAAGGAGGAAAGAAAGAAGUACGAGAAGGAAACGGAAAAGUAUUACAGCUCUCUGGAGAAGCUCCUGACUCUGUCAGCCAAGAAGAAGGAGCAGCAGUUACAGGAGGCAGAUCUCCAGGUGGAGGGGAUGAAGCAGCACUUUCAGGAGGAGUCACUGGAGUAUGUCUGCAAACUACAGGAAAUACAGGAGAGGAAGAAGUUUGAGUGCGUGGAACCUAUGCUGGCCUUUUUUCAGACCGUUUUCACCUUUUAUCACCAGGGAUACGAGCUGGCCAAAGACUUUGACCAUUACAAAACAGAGUUGCAGAUCAAUAUUCAGAAUACGCGAGGUCGUUUCGAGGUCACCAGGUCAGAGGUCAUGGAGCUGAUGAGGAAGAUCAAAGACAGCCCGGAGGACCACAGACAAACGAGUCCCAUCAGCGUGGAGGGCUACCUGUAUGUCCAGGAGAAACGACCGCCCCCGUUUGGGUCCAGCUGGGUAAAGCGAUACUGCACCUUUGUGAAAGAGCAGAAGAUCCUUCACAUGGUCACCUUCGACCACAGAUCUGGGGGAAAGAUCGGUGAAACGGAGUCCGUCACGUUGAAGUCCUGCAUACGGAAAUCAAACGACAUGCUGGACCGGAGGUUCUGUUUUGACAUAGAAAUAACAGACCGGCCAGGGGUCCUCCUCGCUGUGCAGGCACUCUCUGAAGACGACCGCAGGUUCUGGAUGCAGGCCAUGGGGGGCAAAGAGCCAGUGCACUCUUUUGGGACGACUUACUCGAGAGAAAGAGGAAUCGAUGCGCAGUUGAAUGAAGAAGGAUUUUCGUUUGUGAAGAAUGCAAUUGCUGCCAUUGAAAAAAGAGGUAUCAAUGACCAGGGCUUGUACAGAGUGGUGGGGGUGAGCUCCAAAGUUCAGAAGCUUGUGAGCCUGAUGAUCGAUGAAAAGGCCAGCAGUGAAGUGGAUCUGUCUGUCGCUGAAGAGUGGGAUGUCAAAACCAUCACGAGUGCAUUGAAGCUGUAUCUGAGGAGUCUGCCUGAGCCACUGAUGACAUCUGGACUUUACAAAGAGUUUGUUGUCCCAGCAAAGUGUGGAAGUCCAGAGUCUCGUGUGGAGGCCAUUCAUUACCUGGUUCAUAAGCUACCUGAGAAGAACCGGGUGGUUCUGGGACUGCUGAUGAAACACCUGGACAGUGUGGCGGCCCACAGCAAACAGAACCUGAUGACAGUUGCUAACCUGGGUGUGGUGUUUGGGCCCACCCUCAUGAGGCCUGAAGAGGAGACCGUUGCUGCCAUCAUGGACCUCAAGUUCCAGAACAUUGUGGUGGAGGUCCUGAUUGAGAACCAGGAGAAGAUUUUUGGAGACGCUCCUGACACGUCCCCCUCCACGACCGUGCCGUCCCCCACCGCCCCGGCCCGGCAGUCCAGGAAGCAGAGCCGGCAGCAGAACCGGCCCCUGGCGGUCUACAAUCCGCCGGCGCAGGACGCGCAGACAGGCGACGGCUCCAACUGCGUGGCCGACGGGGCGUCCCUGGGCAGCUCCGAGUCCGUGUCGUCCAAGUCCUCCGGCGUCUCGUGCGGGACCCCGCCCGAAAAACCGCCCAGCCUGCAGGGGAGCGCGGGCAUUGGCACCUCAGAUAAAGGACCCGCCUCCUCCACUGCCUGUUGGACCACGCCCACAGCCACGCCCUCAAACACUCCCGCGACCACUCCCAUGGUCACAGCCCCGCCCACGACCUCAGCCGCCGACGUGGACAAGCAGGAGGAGAGCGUCUCAAACCGGAGGGCCAAGGCGGUGUACCCCUGUGAGGCCGAACACCAUUCAGAGCUCUCCUUCCGAGUUGGCGCCAUAUUCCGUGACGUGACCGUCUCCCAGGAGCCGGGCUGGUUGGAGGGCGAGCUGGAGGGGAAGAGGGGCCUCAUCCCGGAGAACUACGUGGAGAUGCUGUAGCCAGGGCCGCUGACUCCGCCCACUUAUACAUGGUAUCCAUGGUCCCUGCCCCCCUCACAUGCUGACUCACCAUUGCAUACUUUUUCUUAUGCACCAACCGCCCAAUCAGAUAUUUAUCAACCCGCACAUCCCCAAAACCACCAAACUUCAUACGUAAAAGGACCCUUACAGGAAUGGAAUAUGCUGCAAUAUAUUCUAAAUGUGUCAUCUUUUGAAAACGUCAUGAGAAAUUUAUUUCACGCCAGCCUAUUUGUAAAUAAAAUAGAAAAUUCUUGCAAUAUAUAAUAGCAGCUGUGUAGAAAAAAGAUUUGUAUAUUUACAGAUGCGUGAAUUUUGCAGUGUCUUGAUAAUAUAUUUACUUCAAUAUGUUUCAGGAUAUUCUGUCUCUGCAAGGGUGAAGAAUCGAAUGUUAAAUUUUGUACUUUGGAGACUGGUGGUCCGACGCUGUGUUAUUCUGAAACCAGUCUUUAUUUUGGGGAAUAUACUGAAUGAAAAUAAAAAAAUGUUAUUUUAACGGUUACUGUCAUUUAAAAAUGUUUGGAAGUCAUGCAUGAGUUUAAUAUUUGGAGCUGUGAUUCUUUAUUAGAUGCAGCAAACAUAUAAAAUACUGUAACAAUUGCACAAUAGUGUCUUCUGGCUCACCAUGACUGAAACAAGGCACAUUUGAUGGGUAUAUUUUGAUAUGGAUGACACUUUCACAUGGACUUCACAUGAAAGAUGCCUAUAAUUGGAGCACUUGUGAACUUAAACUUAAAGUACCAGUUGCUCUUAUUGAUUGUUGUUGUUUUGAUGACUUUUUAUAUUUUUAUGAGCACAAGCACAUUUUACCCUAUUUUACCUGUCUGUGUUAAGUAUUAUAUUGUUAUGUUCGACCUCAUAUGUAAGGCUUCAGUAUUCAGUUUGAUGAGAUAAAGCUUUGUCCAACUUCGUGAUUUCGGCUUCUUCAAAGAAGGAUACGUGUGUUCACUUUGCUGAAAGUUUGUGUGGAGCGUAGAAACAUCAAUGAACCACUCAUUUUCAGUAAAGUAGCAAUGAUAUUACUGCAUGCUCUCAUGAAACCUGAUUUUGAAUCUUGAAUAUGGAAUGGAAUGAAUUUUGAAUAUGGAAUGUAAGUGUGUUAAUUUAAGACAUCCAUUGAUUGAUUAAAAAUGCUUUACUUGUGUAUUUUGUAAUCAUAUAUCAAGGCUAAGAUGCUUGUAACUUUUGGAUAUCUCUAAUCAAUAAAAAAUAAUAAAGAUUUUUAAAAUUCA